AUGACUCCGUGGACCUCGUGGAGUGUUUGCAAAGUAGAUCCACUGAGUGGACGCUGCCAACAGACGCGAACACGAACAUGCUUCAAUGUAACGGCCAUUGAGGAGACUGCCUUGCCACCUUCUGGGGCAGCAUUUCCAGAUUCAACACCAACCUGUCCACAAUCGGUGCUUGAAAGUCGAUUUUGUGAAUCCUCUGAGUGUGCAAUAGGUGAGGCCUUACAGACCACGAAUGAGAAGAAGAACGGACCCUCGUCAACGAACAUCCGAGAAAUAAUGUUCUACGUUGGUCUGGUGGCGGCAUUCACUGUGACGGCCCUCAUCAUCUUCACCGUCUGUCGUCUAAACCGAAGGAAACCCUCAUCUUUCAGUAAUCCCCUCUGUCCAAGACGUUUCUCCACCCGACAAAAUGAGUACGGCAAAUCGAUGACAAUUCUGAGGAACAGUAGAAGCAGCACCUACGACAUGCCACCAAUCACCAAUGGAGUAGGAAGUCUUCCAAGGCAGCUUAAAGCCGGUGAAGGCACACCAAUCGGUCUACCUGAUUACCCUGCCAAUAAUGCCAGUCCGAGGCACCUCGUUCAAUCCCAGACGCAGAGACCGGUCUCUGGAACGGAGGCUGGAAACACGUAUAAUCAACCGUACAGUCCUAUCCCCACAAUGUUUGCUCCGCUGUCACCGAGUUUUCCAAAUGGACGGCCUUUUCAGUCACCAAAGUUCAACUACUUGGUAAAGGAGUCGCCUAGCUUUGGUUCAACUGGCAACUCGGUUCCCUACUCUCCCCUCCCCGGUGGAGGAGGAUACACAAAUCCACCACCGCCGGGUCAACCCAUACCUCCGCUACCGCCACCCCACAUGGUGCCCUCAAGAUCCAGUGCUUCAUCUUCGACAGGUGGUGUACAAACUCAAUCGCCACAACAACAACAACCGAUCUAUUUAAGUCCAUCGUCAACCCCAAAUACAGGCUUGGGAGGGGCUGAAGGCGGUGAUGACAGUUCUUCUGCAUUCUACCAUGAAAUUGGAACUGCAGCAGAAUCCAUCUUCCCCUUGAUUCCUCCCCUUCCUGUUGCCGCUGGAGAAACAGGGAGCACUACAUGGGCGAACAUUGGGUCUGUUGGCGGUGUGGUCAAUUUACCGGAGUCUGGUUAG